AUUUGGGGACCGAAAUGAGCUUUAUUCAAACAAAAUUAGAGUAAAAUCUUUAAAGUUAAACCCUUCUCCUACCUCCUUAACACCCACAACUUAACCCAAGAAGCAAUGUCCUCCCUGUACCGUCGUCUACGUACAGUCUUCAACACUUCCACAAAAACCACCACCACUCCUUCCACCAUCAAAGCUAAAGAAACCAAGCUCCAAAAAUGGGUAGACAACUUCAAAAAAUCCUCCGAAAACCCCGAGUUUCGCAGCCAGUAUAAAAUGUAUUACGCCCUUGUUCGCCGCCUGGCGACUUCCAAGAAGCUUUCCAUGGUCGAAGACUUCAUUGAACAUCAAAAGAAGUUCGAAGAUAUUACCAACGAGCAAUUUGUUAUUCGUCUGAUCUCUAUGUAUGGGAAAGCUGGAAUGUUUGAUCAUGCACACAAACUGUUCGAUGAAAUGCCGCAGUUGAACUGCACGCGGAGUAUUCGAUCCUUUAACGCGCUGUUGUCGGCUAGUAUCGACGCGGGGAAGUUUGAUAAUGUUCAUGAAAUGAUUAGGGAUUUGCCGCCUAAGUUAGGGGUAAGUCCUGAUGUGGUUUCGUAUAAUACGGUUAUUAAGGGUUAUGUCGAAAAGGGUAAUCUUGAUUCGGGUGUUUUGAUGCUCGAUGAGAUGGAAAAGAUGGGAAUUGAGCCGGAUUUGGUUACGUUCAACACGCUUUUGAACGGGUUUUACGGGAAUGGGAGGUUCUCUGAUGGAGAAAAGAUAUGGGGUUUAAUGGAAAGUAAGAAUGUUAUUCCGAAUGUUCGGAGUUUUAAUUCAAGGUUACGCGGAUUGGUGGUGGAGAAUAGAGUGGCGGAUGCUGUCGAGUUGUUGGGAGAAAUGGAGAGCAAGGGAGUUAAGCCGGAUGUUAUUAGUUAUAAUGCGGUGCUGAAAGGGUUUUGCAAUGAUGAGAAUGUUGAGGAAGCGAAAACUUGGUACAGGAAACUCGGAGAAAAUGGUUACGAGCCUGAUAGGGUUACGUACGUGACGCUCAUUACGUUUCUUCGUAAGAAGGGUGACCUCGACAUGGCCCGUGAGUUGUGUAUUGAGAUUUUGAAUAAGGGUUGGCUUGUGAAUGCAACUUUGUUUCAGCAUGUGGUUAAUGAGCUUGUUAAGCUAUCAAGGGUUGAAGAAGCUAAGGAUAUUGUGGAAUUGGGGAAGUCAAAUAAGCAUUCUUAUAAAUUGAGUCUGCCUUUAGAUAAGUAGGUUAAUUUUCUGCUGUUCUUCUGUUUUAAGUGUUGAAUUUUUUAGUAGUCUAAUCAGAAGUUCAAAAUGCUGAUCUCCUAUACUGAGUUUAUAAAACAUUUUAGCUCGUGAAGGCAUUUUUUU